AUGCUCGAGUUUGACGGCAGCUUCCAGGAGCCCUUCGAUCUGCUGGGCAUCGAUGACCCCGAGUGCCCCAAGAGCGACAUCCGCGCCGCCUUCCGGAAGGUCGCCAGGGUAGAGCACCCCGACGUCUCCGCUUUCGACGAUGCCGAAGAGCGCUUCCGCCGCAUCUCCUUGGCCUAUGAGCUGCUCAUCGACGACGGGGGCCGAGCCAUGCUGCUGGAGGCGAUCGAGAAGAAGGCAGACGACCUGGAGGAGUUGGAGGUCAAGAAAAACGCUGUGGAUGAGGUUAACGAGAACUGGGACGAGACCUGGGUGGAGGAUGAGUUCACCGCGGUGUCUCGGACCGUGUUCCUGAUCUUCAUGGCGGGGGGCAUUGGCUCUGUGAUUUGGUGGUUUGGCUUUGACCACGAGUAG